UUAGCUGUUAGCUUAGCGCCUUUCACCGUGUGCCUCUCUGCCGGCGAGAGGAGGUAUAAUAAUAUAUAUAUAUAUUAUUAUUUAUUUUUUUUAGGGGGGGAGGUGCUUCUCAAGCAUCUCAAUUACCCUCAAACAUUCAGCCCAUCGGAUACUUAACACACCUGCAAUGGCGGAUAAAGAAGCAGGAGCCUUUGAUGAUGCUGUGGAGGAGAGGGUGAUCAAUGAGGAGUACAAGAUCUGGAAGAAAAACACUCCCUUCCUGUAUGACCUGGUGAUGACCCACGCUCUGGAGUGGCCCAGCCUCACUGCUCAGUGGCUGCCAGACGUCUCCAGGCCAGAGGGGAAGGAUUACAGCGUGCACCGUCUGGUGUUGGGCACUCACACGUCUGAUGAGCAGAAUCACCUGGUCAUUGCCAGCGUUCAGCUGCCCAACGAUGACGCCCAGUUUGAAGCCUCACAUUAUGACAGCGAAAAAGGAGAGUUUGGAGGCUUCGGCUCAGUGAGUGGCAAGAUCGAGAUAGAAAUCAAGAUCAACCACGAAGGAGAGGUGAACCGUGCUCGCUACAUGCCCCAGAACCCCUGCAUCAUCGCCACCAAGACCCCCACCUCAGAAGUGCUGGUGUUUGACUACACCAAGCACCCCUCCAAACCAGAUGCUUCUGGAGAGUGUCACCCUGAUCUGCGUCUCAGAGGUCAUCAGAAAGAAGGCUACGGUCUCUCCUGGAAUCCCAAUCUGUCCGGCUCUCUCCUUAGCGCGUCAGAUGACCAUACAAUCUGUCUGUGGGACAUAAGCGCCGUGCCAAAGGAGGGGAAGAUAGUGGAGGCGAAGACGAUCUUCACCGGUCACACGGCCGUGGUGGAAGACGUCUCCUGGCACUUGCUCCACGAGUCGCUCUUUGGAUCUGUAGCCGACGACCAGAAGCUCAUGAUUUGGGACACUCGCUCAAACAACACCUCCAAACCCAGCCACGCAGUCGACGCCCACACAGCAGAGGUCAACUGUUUGUCGUUCAACCCCUACAGCGAGUUCAUCCUCGCCUCCGGCUCUGCAGACAAGACUGUGGCUCUUUGGGACUUAAGAAACUUGAAACUGAAGCUGCAUUCCUUCGAGUCACACAAGGAUGAGAUCUUCCAGGUUCAGUGGUCACCUCAUAAUGAGACCAUACUGGCAUCCAGUGGAACAGACCGCCGCCUCAACGUCUGGGAUCUCAGUAAAAUCGGAGAGGAGCAGUCACCAGAAGAUGCAGAGGACGGCCCCCCCGAGCUUCUGUUUAUCCACGGAGGCCACACCGCUAAGAUCUCUGACUUCUCCUGGAAUCCCAACGAGCCCUGGGUCAUCUGCUCGGUGUCUGAAGACAACAUCAUGCAAGUCUGGCAAAUGGCUGAGAACAUCUACAACGAUGAAGACCCCGAGGGUUCGACAGACCCCGAGGCCACAGCGUAACUCUGUCCUGCUGUGUGUGCGUCUUUAACCUACAACCUCGUCACAAACCGCAAUCUUCUAUACUUCCAUGCAGCUACUUCUUCCCACCUUCCUUUCUCUACUUUGCCGUGGGACACUGUAUGCUGUAAAUCACUGUAAAUACAAGAAAGAGAGUAAUCAUGUAAGUCGUUUUUUUUUUUUUUUUUUUUUUUUGAAUACUCAACAAUGAAGAACUCUCCUUUAACUGAGUAACUUAUUUCCUGAAGAAUUUCAUUCAUGUUUUGUCGCACUGCGUAUAAAAUAUAUAUUUUUGUAAUCAAAUUGGCUCUCCCCACUCGUACACUGACAUGUUUUAGCAAAUGCCUUUUGGAAUAAUAAAUUAAAUGCUUUUUUGUUUUACAACCUAAGAUGGUGAUCACACUGAAAGUCCACAAAAAGUGGUAAUUCACAAUGACGUGCUCUUAAAGAGCGUAAACAGCUCCCUCUGCACAAAAGAAAAAUCAUGUUUUUAAGUAAAAUGCAGUCCAGCUUUUUGACUAGAUGCAGAGCAUAGUGAGAUUUACUCUGACUUUGAUAGCGUUUGUUUUCAGGCUAGCUUAUGGUCCUAAAAACAUCUCAGUAUUUCCCUGCUUCAGUCAGGUUCAUCACCUAACUGUUCUGACACCGUCUGCUUCUGAAUGAAAUUACAAUAAAUAAAAAAACGAGUUUUAAAUGUCCGUUUGUGGUCCCACCUCCCCUCAUCAUAGUCCUACAUUAAUCAUUUGUUGUGAUAUAGAUUAGUGGUUGAACUUUUUCCAUGUUCAAUAUUUUGUAUCUGUACAGUGAGUGCAUUCUUAAUAAAAUGUGUUUCAUUGGUCUUUGA